UUCAAAGCCUUGGCUUCAACACAGAGCUAAGGCAUCUUUUCAUUAACAUGAUGAAAUUGUUACCGUUCUUGUUUUCUUUGGUAAUCGUUCCAAGAUGGGCCUUUUCAGAUCUUCAACUUGUACCAACUGGACCAGGAAUGGUGAGGCCUGGAGAGGAUCUCAGCAUGGUCUGUAAAGUGACAGGCCUCUCUAUCACCUCUUCUUCUUCCUAUGCUUGGUACUGGAUCCGUCAGCCUUCUGGGAAAAGUUUUGAAGCAAUUGCAGGAAUUAACGCCAACACUGGGGGUACAUGGUAUGCCCCUUCUCUGAAAAGUCGGACUGUCAUUUCUACAGAUACUUCGAAGAAUGAGUUCUCUCUCUUACUAAAAUCCCUGACACCUGCCGACUCUGCUGUUUAUUUUUGUGCUCGAGAACACAGUGAGACAAAUCCAAUGGGGCCUGUGUACAAAAAGAGGAUGCAAUUUCAUUAAGCAUUGAAUAAAUGAAAGAAGCUGAAACAAAGGGAGGGAAAUCAGUAAAGUAGGGCUAGGAAAAGUAAACACUGAACCAAGUAAUCUUCUAAAUGUUGCUUUUCAUGCUGUCUGGAGCAUAUUAAAAUAUAGAAUUGUUUUAAAAGUAUCAUUCUACAAAGUGCAGUGCUUGCUUUAUUUCCUGUUUUCUGGGAGGAAAAUCCCUUGCCAGGGUGCUGCUGUAGAGCAAUAUUGCAAAUAUUUUAUACUCAACUGAUAAUUCUAGUCUACCAACCAAUCUAUAUCUUUCAUUUGUCAUAUUUUGCCGUCAAUUGUAGUACUAAUGUAGUACAAGUGUGGCAACUAGAAAGUUUCAUCGUGAUAGCCAUAA